AUGGACGAGACCACUGCCGGCCCUGUCGGUUGUGUUACCAGUGCGGCGCCGCCCAUAGCGUUUGCAGAUGCUCAACCGCCCGCUUCGCGAGAUGGACCUGGUGACACUGCCCAGUCUAGUGAUCUGCAAGGACAGUUGCAUCCUGACGAUGCUCCUCGGAGAAAUUGCUGGUUAGGUAGCAUCACGUAA